AUGGCAGAUUCUGGUUCCUCAGAUAAGUACAAGAAAUCCGUUUCGUCAUCUUUCUUCAGUUCUCCGAGAUUGUUCACCAAUUUCACUCCGAAAGGUUUCCAUGAAACCGAAACCAUGAUGAGUCCUACCUCCAUACUCGACAGCAAGCCUUUCUCCGGUUUCAAGAAUCCUUUUUGGUCCGAAACAAACAGCCCCAGAACCCCAGGGAGUGAACACAAGCGACACUGGGACAGAUUGGAUUCCAAAGGCGUUGGUCUUGGCCUAGUUGACGCUCUUGUAGACGAAGAGAAACACAGUGAAGUGAGUUCGAAACAUGAGAGUCGAAUGGUUGUGUUUGGAUCUCAGCUUAAGAUUCAGAUUCCUCCACUGUCUCCAUCUGAAUCAUCCAAAUUCGUAGCUGAGAAGGGAAAUUCUUCACCUGGGAGUUUGUCUAUGGGAAAAUCUGCAUCCGGGGGUGCUAAUUCUCAGCGAGUUUUUAUGGGGUGUCUCUCUGCUAGCGAAAUGGAACUCUCUGAGGACUACACGCGUGUGAUUUCCCACGGGCCAAACCCGAGAACCACUCACAUAUUCGAUAAUUGCAUCAUUGAGAGUAGCUGCUUCGAACUUGGCUGCUCUGCUAAGGAAAAUGAGUGUUUUCCUCAUCACACCAAUUAUCACUCUCGGAGCUUUUUGAGUGUCUGCUUUCACUGCAAAAGAAACCUUGGAGAGGGUAAAGACAUCUACAUGUACAGGGGUGAGAGAGCAUUUUGCAGCAAUGAAUGCCGGUACCAAGGGAUGCUGUUGGAGGAAGAGAUGAGCAAGUUGGAAGGCAGUGAUUUAUAG